AUGCGCACCGUCGGCUCCUCGCGCGUUGGCAGGUCUAUUUUUCUUCUUUCGUCGACGGCGCCUCUGCGUGGUGCUGUGCGGCAUGUCUCGCUCUCCGAAUUGGCGAAGGCUUUCACGGAGAUAGGUGAGGGCGGUACGGCAUCAGAUGGGGCUGAGGGGAGCCGACGCCACACGGCGUCCAGCGCAAAAGGGGCCUUUUCGCCCCAAAAAUAUCCUAGCUCCACCAUUAUGAGUGGGACGAAUGAUACAGGGCUGGGUAGCAGUGGUACUGCUAAUAAUACUACUUCCACUUCUGCUGCUGCUUCUACUACCAAUAUCAGUGCUGCUAGAAGCAUUGAUAUUGACUCCAGCAGCAUCGGCAACAGCGUCGUGACCUUCUCUCCCGCGUAUAGUGAGUUUCUUCGGGGUAUGUCGGGGCCACAGUUUACCACAUUGUUCGAGCGGGAGUACAAACGGUUCCACCAGGGUCACAUGUUGCAGUGCCUUGUUGAGGUUUGGCGUCGACUGCGUGAGGCACCGCCGGUGGAAGUCCUCAUCACUGAGGACGAGGCCCACGGCAAGGGAAUCGGCAGCCGUGAUUAUGGUACUGCUGCCGACGGUGUGUGUGGGUUGCAGGCCUUCCGCAGUGACGCCCUGCUGGAGUGUGUUCUGCGCGCAUUGGCAAAGACGAACUUGGACGAGGUUCAGCAGAGCUCGAGUGUGGUAGUGGACCUCCGCGCUGGUAGUAUCGUAGACGGAACGGAUUGGGUAGCAGAACUAAGCUACCUACUCCUCCAGUGGCUUACUACACGUGCUUCUUCACUGAGUGCUACACGUAGUGCAACAUUCAUCCACCUCAUUGCACAGCAGAAGGUGCUCCAUUCCGACGCCGUCUUGGACACGCUGCGUGACAAUAUCGAAGUCUAUCUCGCCGACUACCCAAAACAGCACACAGCCUCCUCUUAUUCUACUUCAGCUGAUAUUGGUGGUGGUAGUGGUGCCAAAGUUUUCGAUGUGAGUGUGAUGAGUGUGCUGCUAGACGCCAUUGCGCGGUGGCAGAUGGGGUUAGUGCGGCUUCUCAAUACCGAUGUCGCGGCAACACGCCACUCGCGAGCGUACAGCACAGCUCUUGUGGCUGUGGGGUGCAAUAAUCACCCCAUUCUCAAUGCAACCUUUUACGAUGUGGUUGUUAGCUCACUCAUGCGCGGUGUCCGUGACGGCUCACUCCAUCUCACACGACAGGGCUCGCCGACAACGUUCUUCUUCCUCACACUCGCACUGGCGAAGAUACGCUGGUUCCGCGCCGAUUGUGUGGAAGUGCUGCUGCCGCAGCUGCACGAGGCGCUUCGAGUGUUUCCUGCACAAUUCCUCGGUGUUGUGCUGCUGCUCGGUCGGCGCGAGGUGCAUGCGUGUAACCUGCAAACGACCGACUUGUUGCUGCAAACGUUGCUUGACGCUAUGCAGAAAAGGGGCCGGCGCGACGUUGCAGCGGACGGUAGCCGGCGCCACCGCAUCUGCGGUGCAGCUCUCGUAGUGUCCUCUGCUGCUACAGCUCCAGAUGCAUUGACAGCGGCCACGGCGAACGCCGCUCAAGGCGACAUUGCUGAUGGGGAUGAUGAGGAUGACGACCUGCAGCUGUUCUCUGCGCCGUCUACUGCUGAUUUGGGCCAUGGGGAUGCUGCUACGCGCUCGGGGAGCAGUGCAGUGGGAGGUAUCUUGCCACAGCAACCGAUGGAAUUUGCAACGAGUUUUCUUGACCUCCGCUCGAUGCCUCUCUUUCUCGAUAGUCUUCACCACAUAUUGGCCACGGCUCAUGCGUGCUGUGAGGCGCAGGGCAACAUGGCGCAGCGGCGUGCUAUAGAUGCCAAAGCCGAAGCACUUUAUGAGGCGCUGCUGAAUGAUGCGCAUGGGGGGCUGAGGUCGAUGAAUAUGCUGUUCGAGUGCCCUGGGCUGGUGGAGAAGCUUCUCUUGUCCCUGCUGUCCAUGCCACACAAAGCACCACACCCGCUUCUUGUUGAGCUCACGUACGCCUUUACGCGUCAAGUUGGCAUGCGACGUAUUACGAGACACGACGGUGGUGAAGUAACGACCGCUUUUCCGGUUUGGCAGCGGCGCGUGAUGGAAAUCGUCGAUCUUUUGAUACAACGUGGACUUCUUACGUCGGACACGUAUGUGAUGAAGGAUGAUGUCAUCUCCGCGGCCCCACGCGUUGCAGCGGCGGUGGCGGUAGAGAAGAAACGACUGUUGGAGCAUUACCGAAAGAGGCAGCAGCAGCAGGAGGUGAAGACAAGCGGAAAGAAAACAGUGCGAACAAGGGCGGUUUUUGCAGGGUUUGCGCGUGUUGUUGGUCAUAUAAGGGAGAAGCAGCAGCAGUACCUUGAGGCAAGGCACUGCCACACAUCACAGAGAGCUAUAUUCAAGGUGGGAAGAAGUGAAUUGGGGGAGGGGGAAGAUAAAGAAUUAGUGCUGCCCAGAGUUUUGAGAUGA